ACUUGUCGUCGGGGCGUAAAAUGCCGUGAAGCCCGGCCGGCUGGGCCUGCGGGCGGUGAGAGGGACCGGGUCCGGCUCCCCCGCACGUAUAUGCCCCGUCCUCCGGCGGCCGCCUCCCCCUCCUGCUCCAUGUGGGGCCCGGGCCUCGGUGUCUCCCCCGCCUACUAUGGCCAGGAAAACAGUUAGCAGGAAGCGGAAAGCGGCGGCUGCCACUGCGGCGGCGCCCGGAGGGCUCCGGGGGGAGCAGUAUGGCUGGGAUCACUCAGCUCACAAAAGGAAAAGACUCCCCCCAGUAAAAAAGUCUCUGGUGUACUACCUGAAAGGCAGAGAGGUUCGGCUGCAGAAUGAAUCCAGCUACCACCGUUUGUUGCAUGGAUAUGCAGCACAGCAACUUCCCAGUCUCCUGAAAGAGAGAGAAUUUCAUCUUGGGACCCUCAAUAAAGUUUUUGCGUCUCAAUGGUUGAACCACCGACAAGUGGUGUGCGGGACAAAAUGCAACACACUGUUUGUGGUAGAUGUCCAGACUGGUCAAAUUACGAAGAUUCCUAUUCUGAAAGACCGAGAACCUGAUAUGGUAAACCAGCAGGGCUGUGGUAUUCAUGCAAUUGAGCUAAACCCUUCGAGGACGCUCUUGGCUACAGGAGGAGACAAUCCAAACAGCCUUGCGAUUUAUCGUCUGCCUACACUUGAUCCCGUCUGUGUGGGAGAUGAUGGACACAAAGACUGGAUAUUUUCUAUUGCCUGGAUCAGUGAUACUAUGGCUGUUUCUGGUUCCCGGGAUGGCUCAAUGGGUCUCUGGGAGGUGACAGAGGAUGUGCUGACUAAAAGCGAUGCCAGGCACAAUCUCUCUCGAGUCCCUGUCUAUGCUCACAUAACACACAGGGCACUGAAAGAUAUCCCCAAGGAGAACACCAAUCCAGACAACUGUAAAGUCCGAGCACUGGCAUUCAACAAUAAGAACAAGGAGCUAGGAGCUGUGUCCCUGGAUGGGUACUUUCAUCUUUGGAAAGCAGAGCACACGCUAUCAAAGCUACUUUCCACCAAGUUGCCAUACUGCAGGGAGAAUGUGUGUCUGGCCUAUGGUCAGGAGUGGUCCGUGUAUGCAGUAGGAUCUCAAGCACAUGUCUCCUUUCUGGAUCCAAGGCAGCCUUCCCACAAUGUUAAGUCCGUCUGUUCCAGAGAACGAGGCAGUGGUAUUCGGUCAGUGAGCUUUUAUGAGCACAUUAUAACAGUGGGAACAGGGCAGGGUUCCUUGUUGUUUUAUGACAUCCGAGCCCAAAGGUUCCUGGAUGAAAAGCCCAAUCACACCUGCCGUGGACAAAAACAGAAACUCGGAGGAAGUGAAAUUUUAAAGUUGACGACCGGGAAAGGCUGGCUUAAUCAUGAUGAAACCUGGAGGAAUUACUUUUCUGACAUUAACUUCUUCGCAAAUGCUGUUUACACCCACUGCUACGACUCGUCUGGAACGAAACUCUUCGUGGCAGGAGGUCCCCUUCCAUCAGGACUCCACGGGAAUUACGCUGGUCUCUGGAGCUAAUGAGAACUCUUCCCAAAUGCCCAUCUUGACGCUGAUUUCCACCUUGUCUUUCCUUUUUAACAAAGAAAUUGUGUGAUGACAUUGUUUUCUGGUUUAAAUGCAAGUUAUUUUUGGCGGAGUUUUCUGUUGGUCUUCAACAGUUUUGUACAUUUUUUUUUUUUUAACUAGAUUUUGCUUUAACUUUCUUGAUCCUUUAUACGAAGGGUUUUUUAAAAUCCCUUUUUAUUGUAUUUACUCCAAAUGCCUCUUCCCUGUAUAGGCUAACUCAGCCAUAUGCCCCCUACUUUGCUGUGAGGUAGGAUUCCUUUCUUAUAGAGUGGUUGCUGCCAGGCUUUCUGUGAAAGUCCAGGGGCUGUGUGUAUGCAGGGACUUUGUGUCGGUUACGUUACCGGGAGUGAGGACUACUUGUAAUUAAAAAUAUUAAAAAUAUUUAUGAGAGAAGCUACUACUUUAUCUGCAGAGUCUGGCUCAGGCCUGGCUUGAUUUUUUUUUUUUUUUAAAGUACAAGUCUAAUGACACUGUGCAUAAAGGAAAAUGUAUCGAAACCAUACUCAUUGGAACCCAGGGACAGAGCCCCACAGGAACAUCUUAUCUAGCCCAGAGUGUAGCAAAGACCCCAGCAGUGCAUGAGCAAAAUGACUCUCUUGUUACUCCUUCUUUCUCUAUCCUGAGUGUCAGUUGCCAAGGUUGUUGGAGCUUCAGAGUAGGCUGCCUGUAGUGCAGCAGGGGGAUUGUGUGACGUGACAGCUGUUACGAUGGUGCACUGCGGCUUAUUGGGGCACUAAGGGAAAUGGCAUCCCAGAAGGAGACCGAUUUGCUUGGUGGCUAACUUAAUUCAAUCUGAUUAACUUCCAGACUAGCUGGGGAUCCUCUGGGUGGCUGGGGCUGGAUGGCAGGGAGGAGCCAGGACUCAGGUACCUGGAGUCUGCCUAAAGACACACACCUCUUUCAGGCUGGAGACUUUUUCCCCCCUCUUGUAGUGUUUCCCCUUUUGCAGUUCUCUCACCAGCACUGAGUAAUGUUGGCAGGAAUGAUUUUUGCUAGCCAGUUAUUGCUAUUAAAGUUGGUGGGCAGGGAGAUGUUAUACUAAUAUUUUCAUAUUUUUUUCCCUUCUGGCCUUUGGCAGGAGGGUGGCAUAUGCAGUUAGUUGAUGCUAUUAGCAAAUACAGUUGUCUUCCCCUUCUCUAAUGACUGUAGGCUUAAUUUUUAAUGCAGGUUUGAAACUUACCAGGUAGCUAGACUUCCUUUUCAACUCAUCAUGUUAAGAAAAGAUAGGCUGUCACUUGAAUUUUAUAGGAGACUUUUUGUUUUUGGUUUUUUUUCCUGAGCACCUAGCUUAUUGUUCAGUCCUGCCUUGGACUUCACCAGGAGCUGUGGGUGCAGGAUGACAGUCUGGAUACGCUUAGUGAACAAAAUACAGGCCCAGUCAUGGAGGGAUUGUGCAUUUCUAGUGAGGAAAAGAUGGUCUUGUGGCUAAAACACAGGGUUAAGCAUUGGACUCCUUGUUUCUCUUCUUGGCUCUAGCUGCUGUUGUCCUGUCACUUCAUGUCUCUGAGCCUCACUGUGCUGAUCUGUAAUAUGAGAUUAAUAGCACGCAUGGCACCUGAGGUUUAAUUUCUAAUUUGAGAUUAUCAGACAAAAGACAGGGUAGAAGUGCAGGUUUUCCCCCCCACAUUCUGAUUGCAUGUCAGGGUUAAGGAAAGGGUUGUCCCAUAUCCACACUGGGAUUUGAAAUAUAGGCCUGACUUGAUCACUUUGCAAACCAAGACAUGUUACUACCGCAUUCCAAACUUCUGCUAGCGGGUUGGUUAAAAUCUGCAUCAAAGCAAAAAUUGAAUAUUAAAUAUGGUUUUAUUACGCCAUUUCCAAGUAGUAGCCGUUAAAUUAUAGGGCUGUAAAUGAAGUAGUUCUCUCAGAACUUCCAUUGUUAAACGAAUGUAAAGAUUCUAAGUAUUUUUUAUACUGUCACCAGUCACGCUUCCAUGAUGGGAACAUGUUUUGGGGUUUCUUUUAUGAAUGUUCGGCAGGGCAGAGAUGUAGUCUUUGACUCUGCUUCAGAAAUAUGCAAAGGAAAAUAAAUAUUUAAUCGACAUGAAA